AUUUACCCUGGCAUCAACCGGACAUUCAUCCGCUUGAGGGAUUCAUUCGCUUCUGUUCCUUGCUGUGGCCAAUUGUUUCUCAUUAAUCAGUCCUUAUCAUGAGAUCGCAAUCUCUUUGGCGGUCCUUUGGCCUGCUGCAGCGAGCUUCCACACGCUCCUUUGUAGACGCUGGUUCGGGCCGGCGCGCCUUUCAGACUGCCAGCUCCCGCAUCCCCGACUUCGCCUUUGCGUUCGACAUUGAUGGUGUUUUACUACGAUCCUCCAAGCCCAUUCCCGGAGCCGCCGAAUCGCUAUCCCUAUUAAAGGAACAGAACAUCCCGUUCCUCCUGUUGACAAAUGGAGGUGGAAAACACGAAACAGAAAGAGUGGCAGAAAUAAGUGAGAAACUCCAGGUGCCUCUGGAUCCGGAGCUCAUUGUUCAGAGUCACUCUCCUUUUGCGGAGCUUGUGCGCGGACCGGACGAGCAGAGUGCCCUGGAGAAUAAAUGCGUGCUGGUGGUCGGGGGGGAAGGCGAUCGUUGCCGUCGGGUAGCGCAAAUGUAUGGCUUCAAGAAUGUGGUGACGCCUGGUGAUAUCUACAUGGCAAACCCGUCCAUCUGGCCUUUCAGGUCUUUCAAAAAUUACUACGAGAAUAUCAGCAAGCCUCUGCCAAAUCCUAAAGAUCCCAAUGACCCUUCGAGGGGAUUGAAGAUCGAUGCGAUCUUCGUCUUCAAUGACCCGCGUGACUGGGCCUUGGACGCUCAGAUCAUCACCGAUAUCCUACUAUCGUCGGAAGGCGUGAUAGGAACCAUCUCUGAGAAGAACGGCCGGACUGAUCUUCCCAACCGGGGUUUUCAACAAGAUGGCCAACCGCAUUUGUACUUCUCCAACCCAGAUCUCUGGUGGGCCGCGGCCUAUCACCUUCCUCGUCUCGGCCAAGGAGGUUUUCGAGAGGCUUUGGAAGGCAUCUGGGCUGCGGUGACAGGGGGACCGAGCAAAGGAGUUGAGCUGAAGAAGACGAUUAUCGGCAAGCCCUACCAAGGAACAUACGAGUUCGCGGAGCGUCAGCUCCUGCGCAAUCGUGUUAGGAUGUUCGGCUCGGAUGCCCAGACACCUUUGCGGAACGUCUAUAUGAUCGGAGAUAAUCCAGAGUCAGAUAUAUGCGGUGCCAACAGCUACCGCAGUGGACAUGGCAGCCAAUGGCAUUCGAUCCUCGUGCGGACUGGUGUCUACAAUGGUGGUGAGCCAUCGUGGACACCAAAGACCAUCGCUGAUAAUGUACACAAGGCGGUUGAAUGGGGGUUGAAGACUUCUCAAUGGAGGCCCGAGGAAACCCCCGCCGCUGCGGGCGCCCCCGCAGAGGGUGCCGAGGCUACCAAGAGCGCCAGCAAAAGCGCCGCAAAGAAGGCCGCGAAGGAGAAGGCCAAGGCUGAGAAGGCCGCUGCUCGUGCUGCCCAGGAGAAGGCCCAGGCUGCUGCCGCUGAGGCCAAUGACACCGCCAAGCAUCUGUAUGGCAAGCUCCCCGAGACCGAAGACGUCCUCCCCGCGACGCGAUUCUCCGACAUCACCGACGAGCACUACGAGAAGGAGAUCACAGUGGUGGCCCGUGUGGAUAAUGCCCGUGUGCAGAGUGCCAAGCUGGCUUUCUUGAUGCUGAGACAGCAGGGUCAGAAGGUGCAGGCGGUCAUUGCUCUCGCGGAACCCAUCUCGAGACAGAUGAUCAAGUACACUGGUGGAUUGAACGUCAACUCCAUUGUCCAGGUCACCGGUGUUGUCAAGAAGCCCGGCGUGCCCAUCUCAUCGGCUACCCUGAGCAACCACGAAAUCCACAUCAGCAAGGUCUACAUGAUCUCCGAGGCGGCCCAGAUGCUUCCCAUGCAGGUCAAGGAUGCUGAGAGACCGCCCCCGGACACCACGGAGGAGGGUAACGAGGUCGAUGCGGAUGGCGUUCCUAUCGUCACUCUCAAGACUCGUCUUGACAACCGGGUCCUCGAUCUCCAGACCGAAACCAGCCAGGCUAUCACCUGGAUCUCCAGCGGCGUGGCCGAACUGUUCAGUGAAUACAUGAUCAAGAGCGGCUCGCGGUGGAUCUUCACCCCCAAGCUGGUGGGUGCUGCUACCGAGGGUGGUAGCAACGUCUUCGAGGUCAAGUACUUCAAGAAGAAUGCCUACCUGGCUCAGAGCCCUCAGCUGUACAAGCAGAUGUGUAUCGCGGGUGACAUGGAGAGCGUCUUCGAAGUCGCCCCUGUCUUCCGUGCCGAGGACAGCAACACUCACAGACACUUGACUGAGUUCGCUGGUCUUGAUUUCGAGAAGACCUUCCGUGGCCACUACCACGAGGUCUUGGAGUUCGCUGAGAACCUCCUUGUCUUCAUCCUCACCCAGCUCAAGGAGCGCUACAAGGACCAGAUCGCCGUCAUCCAGAAGUCCUACCCCAAGGCCGGUGACUUCAAGCUCCCCAAGGACGGCAAGGCCCUUCGGUUGAAGUACAUGGACGGUGUCGCUAUGCUGAAGGAGGCUGGCGUCGAUGUCUCUGAACAGGAGCGCUUCGAGAACGACUUCACCACCGCGAUGGAGAAGCAGCUGGGCCAGAUCAUCCGUGAGAAGUACGACACUGAUUUCUACGUGCUCGACAAGUUCCCGAUGGCCGUCCGUCCUUUCUACACCAAGGCCUGUCCCGAGGACCCCCGCUUCUCCAACUCGUAUGACUUCUUCAUGCGUGGUGAGGAGAUCAUGUCCGGUGCCCAGCGUAUCAACGACAUCAAGGAGCUGGAAGAGUCCAUGGUUGCCAAGGGUCUCAACCCCAACCAGGAGGGCUUCGAGGACUACUUGGCUGCUUUCCGCCAGGGCUGUCCUCCCCACGCCGGUGGUGGUCUCGGUCUGAACCGCAUUGUCAUGUUCUUCCUUGGCCUGCCCAACGUUCGUCUGGCGUCGCUGUUCCCUCGUGACCCCCAGCGUCUGCGCCCUUAAGCUGGAUAGAGCGAUAUAUCGACAAGACCUGUAUCUGGACACAAAAGAAUAUAAUGGAGCGACGAAUUGAAAUAAUUAGCGUUGUGAUAUCAGUAGCACGUACAAUCAGCAGACGCUGUGCAAUCAGAUCGUAGAGACCAUUGAUAUUGAUCAAAGCUAGAUGGGAGCUAUAACCUCAAUAGGAGAUAAAGAAUCGACCAGUCAGUGGAGAUUCCAGCUAUAAAAACG